AUGAUGGAGAGAUCAAUGAAAAUGAGAAUGAUGAAGAGACUGAAGAAACAAAUAAUGAUGAAGAGACUAGUUGAAAAUGAAACAAAUCAAAAUCUGUUGGAUAAAGUUGUUGAAAACAUUGUGGAUAAUAUCUUUGGCAUUGGAUUUUCAAGUUUAAAUAGUCAAGAAGAUGAAAUCUGGAAUGACCCUGAAAUGAAAACUAUUUUGGAUAAUAUUGAUAUAGGUUCAGCAUUGACCGGAAGUAAAACUAAUACUCUGAUCAGUCAAGUUAUUCAAGGUAUGUAUUCAGGGGCGAUGCUACAUGUAUGCAAGGGGUGUCCAUGGACACCCCUUGCUUUGGAAUUUCUUUUACAGAACAUGUAA